AUGCCGGGCUUCAAGGCUACUGCCAAGCAGCAUACUAUCAUAGUGCUUGAGAGUGCAACAAUUGGUCUACCUUCUGAGCUUGAUCUCCCAGGAUCAGAGUACAAGAUCAUUGAGUAUCCCCACACGUCUGGCGACCAGGUCGCGGAGAGGAUCAAAGCAGCCACAAUUCUGGUAAUUGCUGCAACUAGGCUCGACUUCCAUCUGCUCUCCCACCGUGUCUCUCCCAACCUCGAGAUGAUAUCUCUUGUCGCGUCUGGUACCGACACUGUUGAUUUAGAGGCUUGCCGGAAGAGGGGAAUUCGAGUCUGCAAUGCCUCCGGUGCAAGUGCCGCUGCCGUCAGCGAACAUGCCCUUGGUUUUUACUUUGCAGUCCGAAGACACUUCGUGAAGACGCACUCUAUAGUUCAAGCUGGAGGAUGGAAGGGGCGAAGCACAUUAAAUCACAUGAUGAUGGGGACAAUGGAGAAGAUGCCACUAAACUGCGAGGAGGAGACGAUGGGGUUGAUCGGGAAUGGGACCAUCGGUAAACGGAUUGCGAAGCUUGCUCGAAUGCUUGGCAUGAAGGUGUUGAUCUCGGAUCGAAAGGGCGAGGGAACGUGUCGACCUGGACGGACACUAUUCGAGGAUGUGCUGAAGAAUAGUACUGUGCUUAUUCUCGUUAUACCAAGGACCCCAGAAUCAACUAACAUGAUCUCAACCGGAGAGCUCAAGAUGAUGCGAAAAGAAGCGGUUCUGGUGAAUGUAUCACGAGGAGAGAUUGUGGAUGAAGUGGCACUGGUACAAGCAUUGAAGCAUGGUUGGAUCGGCGGUGCAGCCGUGGAUGUAUUCGCUCACGAGCCGGCUACCUCUGAGACAUGUCCUUUGAUCGGCGAUCAUGCAAAGGAUUUGAACUUGAUCACUACCCCACAUACAGCUUGGGCCGGAGACCAGACUUCCGCCAAUCUUCAGCGAAUGGCGAAAGAGAACAUUGAGGCCUGGUACUGCGGAGAGCCGAGGCGGAUAGUCGCCUGA